AUGGGUGACGUUUCCGAAGAGAACCUCGUCACUACAUUCGAUAAGUUAGUCUCAGAAGGAGUCAUUGUAUACGGGCCUUCGACGUCCGUCAAUAUCGAAGAUGAAGGCUACCCAAUGGAAUUCCGCAUCUGCCCCGCCCUCCUGACCAAACCACAUACUGUUGGUGCAGCAAAUCCUGCCUUCAACAAGUCUCGCAAAUGGGGUCCAGGAAGCGACAUGUACUGCCCUGACGAGCGACUCAUCCUCACCCAACUGAACGGCACACACGACCUAGCUCUCAACCUAUUCUGCGUCGACCGUCCUCAACUCCUCAUCUUGACGCUGGACUCAUACCGAAGACAGUACGAGUCGUUAGACCAAGAUGACUUUGCAGUGAUGCUGGAAACAUUGAGACGAUUUCCGAGCAUGUAUGUUAUCUUUAAUUGUGGAGAGAAGGGGGGUUGCAGUAGGUUGCAUAAGCACCUACAAGGUCUACUUGGGCCGCCUUACGCUUUCAACUAUCUCAUCAAUGCCGGCGAAGACAAAAAGAAGGUGCCGUUUCAAUACUUCAGCCGCCACCUCCUACCAGGCUUCAAGGAAGUAUCCACAUCGGUUUUAUUGGAGGUCUACACGGAACUUCUCAGUCGGUGUAGAAAAGUCCUGGGGCUAGGAGUAGCAGAGUCCUGCCCUCACAAUGUCAUCAUGUGGGACGACUGGAUCAUCGUAAUUCCACGCAGGAACGGUAUAACGCAAGGAGCAAGUGCGAAUGCGGGAGGCAUGUUAGGUAGUGUCUGGGUCACGGAUCAAAGCGCUGUGGAAGAGUGGACGAGAAUUGGUUGUGCAAAUGUGCUGAGGGAGCUGGGCGUGCCGUCUUAG